AUGGCCUCGGAUACCGUUGUCAGGCCGGGCAACGGGCCCGCCACGAUCGACAAUGAUGCGUCACCCUACGACGUCCCCGACCGCUACGAGGACCUCGACGAAGAAGUGGGCGGCGCGACCGGCGACACCCUCGACGACAUUCGACGCGGCGAGGCGGCACAGCAGCAGCAGCACACGCCGCCCGAGGAAAAGGCGCAAGGGACCGUCCAGGUCUCGCGCCUCGCCACGCAGCUCUACACGCUCUCCCACCUCGUCCUCUUCUCCCUCCUCGGCACCCUCGCGCGCGUCGGCCUCUCCCACCUGACGACGUACCCCGGCGCGCCCACCAUCUUCCCGACGCUGUGGGCCAACGUCGGCGGCAGCCUCGUCAUGGGCUUCCUGACCGAGGACCGCAAGCUCUUCCGGCACGAGUGGGGGGCAACGUCCACAUACGACCAGCUGCUGCGGCGGGCGCGCGCCGCCAAGACCGACAACGACGAGGAGCGUGCCUCGAUUGACCUGGCGGCGGCGAAGAGGGCGCACCUCGCGACCAAGAAGACGAUUCCUCUCUACAUUGGCGUCGCCACCGGCUUCUGCGGCAGCUUCACUAGCUUCUCCACGUUUAUCCGCGACGUCUUCCUCGCGCUGUCCAACGACAUGGUCAGCCCGGACCUGCAUGGACUGGCGGCACCGCACCGCAACGGCGGCUACUCAUUCAUGGCGCUGCUCGCCGUCGUCAUUGAGACGGUCGGCCUCUCGGUCGGUGCAUACGUGGUCGGCAUGCAUCUCGGCGCCGCGCUCGAACCGCACACGCCGUCGAUCCCCUUCCGCCUCGGCCGCGGCGUGAUCGACAAGCUCGCCGUGCUGCUCGGCUGGGGCUGCUGGCUCGGCGCCGUGCUUCUCGCCAUCUUCCCGCCGCACGAUCGCUGGCGGGGUACCGUCGUCUUUGCCCUCGUCUUUGCGCCGCUCGGCUGCCUCGCGCGCUUCUACCUCUCCAUGCUGCUCAACAGCCGACGGCCGUCUUUCCCGCUCGGCACCUUUGCGGCGAACAUGCUCGGCACGGCGGUCCUCGGCAUGGCGUGGGAUAUUGCGCACUCGACAGGCGCCGGCGGCGUGCUGGGGUGCCAGCUGCUGCAGGGCAUCGAGGACGGCUUCUGCGGGUGCCUGACGACUGUCUCCACGUGGGUGUCGGAGCUGAGCAGCCUGCGCAGAAAGAGCGCGUACAUCUAUGGUACAGUCAGCGUAGUGCUGGCUACGGUGCUAAUGAUUGUUAUUAUGGGCAGUUUGCGGUGGACGCAGGGCUUUGCGCCGCUGCAGUGCCGCCCAUGA